CACUUUCCAGAAAUAAUCUGCCUUUUUCAGUCGUUUAACGGGAGACUGGAGAGUAGGAGUGUGUUGCUUCAGGGAUCCGCCUCGGACUCGAAACCGGGCAGAAACUGAUUUAAAAAAAAACUUCUACUACAUAUUUACAAAAAAUAUUUUUAUCGUAUUUACGUACAACUGUGUUCUCGAGUGUGAUUUUCGAAAGUCCUUGAACAUCCAAACGGGACUGGGUUAAAAAAAAAAAAAAAAAUUAUCCUGUCGUGGUGAUCAUGGAAAACAUAAAGGACGGGGUAAAUAAUUAAAAAAAGAAAUAAGGCCGAAGAUUAAAAUCAUGUAUGGAAGUUAUCUAGGAAACAAUUUAGAAUCGUAUGACUAUAAUCUAAGCAGUAUGGAGGGACAUUUCGAAGAGAACAACUCUGCAAUAAAUAUUAGUGAUGUCAUUGAAGUGAUUGAAACAGACCCAGCAUUUGGGUCAAUGGACGGAACAAGAAGAGGUCCAACGGAGGGAGCCACUAGCUUGGCAUACAUUAACAUCAUCGAACAGCCUGCUUCCAAGGCCCUCAGAUUUCGCUAUGAGUGCGAAGGCCGCUCUGCUGGGAGCAUCCCUGGUGUCAACUCGACAACGGAGAACAAGACAUUCCCCACAGUACAGAUUGUCGGUUACAAGGGACGGGCUGUUGUUGUAGUGUCGUGUGUAACAAAGGACCAACCAUACAAGCCUCAUCCACAUAACCUCGUAGGCAAAGAGAGCUGUAAAAAAGGCGUCUGUACUGUCGAAGUUAACAAUGACAACAUGAUCGUUUCUUUUGCAAAUCUUGGUAUACAGUGUGUAAAGAAGAAGGACAUCGAGGAAGCGCUUAAGAUCCGAGAGGAAAUCAGGGUCGAUCCAUUUAGAACUGGUUUUGGCCACAAAACACAGGCCAGCAGUAUCGACUUGAAUGCUGUCAGACUGUGUUUCCAAGCAUUUAUCGAAGGUCCCCAACGAGGAAGAUUCACUGUCCCAUUAAAACCUGUUGUUUCUGAGCCAAUUUAUGACAAAAAAGCCAUGGCAGAUCUCAUCAUUUGUAAAUUAAGCCAUUGUUCUGCUUCAGUAGCUGGAGGAAAAGAAAUAAUCCUGCUCUGUGAAAAAGUAGCAAAAGAGGACAUAAGUGUGAGGUUUUAUGAAGAAAAUGAUGGGGUGGUUGUGUGGGAAGGGCUAGGUGAUUUUACUCCUACUCAAGUUCAUAAACAAGUAGCUAUAGCUUUUAGAACCCCACGGUACAGAACAUUAGAGAUUGACCAGCCGGUACAAGCUCUAAUUCAACUGAGGAGGCCAUCGGAUAAUGCACUCAGCGACCCUCUUCCAUUUUUAAUAACACCACUAGACUCAGACCCAGCAAUGUUAAAAAGGAAAAGGCAAAAGUUUAACACCGAAUCAGAUAUGACAAUUCAUGUUCCUGACAACAUACCACCGGUCUCUGUGCAAACACUCCCUGUCAAGUGUGAACCCGUCGAUACAAGUCCCAACCCCUACAUGAGGUAUAGUGCAGUGAACAAUUCGCUUUCUCCACUGUACACAUCUAGCACACCAUCCCCCCUCGAGUACAGCGGAACUGUAAAUAGCUCACCUGCCCGACCUACGUCAGUGCCUACCAGGGUCGUGUACCAGCAGAACGUUUUUGUUUCCCCUGCGGGAGGAGUCGGGGGAAGCACAUACCAACAAUAUAUGCCAGGGACGUCAUCAAAUGUGAUGCAGGCACCGAAUACAACCGAAAUACUCGAUAUGGACACUCAGCAGUACAAUGUCGAGUUAAACUUUGAAAGGCUUAACUCUAAGGAUCUUGCAGAGUUAAACGUUCUUGAUGCUGGAAACCUCUCAGCCAACCUUUCUGCAAACCUGUCUCUUAACGAUGCCAAUGCUCAAUCCGAUAUGAAUAUGUCUGAUAGCAUCACAACAAUUGCGAACCAGGCAUACAAAGAAUUUUUUAGUUCAACUGACAACCCAUAAUGCUCAUUUUUGGUUACCAUGCUUAUACCAUACUUUUUUAUGUGCAAUUUAUUUCUUAGUACAAAUGUGCUGUGUGCCAACGACAAUAAUAUGCGUAUGAAUUAUCAUAAUUGUAGUAUAUGAAUCUCUUGUGUCAUUUCAAAUAUACAUCACACAAAUUUGCUUAAAUAUCAGCCCAUGUAGUCUAGUUUUUCUAAAUUUUAUAUUUCUUGUUAAAUUAAAGGUAAAUGUAUAAGGUUAUGUAAUGGUUUGGUUAAAUUUUAAGAAUUAAAGUGUAUAUAUAACAAUAUAAACAAAAACGGUAUUUGUAAACAGAAAUAUUGUUUUGUAAAUAAGAGUUUAUAGCCUUUCCAGUAUUUAUUCGCUAUAGAUCUGACAAGAUAUUCUUGCAAACAUUUUUCUUACCAAAAAAUACAUUGUAUAUAAAUUUCUUUUGAGCAUAUAAUCACAUCAAUGUUUAAACAAUAGCAGUUCAUGAAAAUUAAGCCACAAACCUAUAUUAAAAUUUCUCUGAAAGAAAGGUAAUUGUUAUUUUUAAUGUAAGAAGAAUAAAAUCUUGAUGAAAAUGUUUAAUUUA